CUCUCAGCAGCAACAUAUAAGCACCCACGUUCUCAGUCCUGAAAACCGGAAUUCAACCUCUGUUAUUUUAAUGCCACCUUCAUCCACGUCUUCCUGCUACAAUAAAGAUCGAACCUUUUUCUCUGCGAUUGGCCUUCACAAGCAAUUCAAGCUUCUUUAUUCUUUUGUUUUCAAAUCUCAGGCGCGGGAAAAGUCAACUGCCGACCGAAGAACCGGAAAAAUGGCGAAACCAGCAGUUUACGACGCCGCCACUCAGAUCUACGCCUCUCCUAGACCGCCGGUCCAUUUCCCGACCGACCCGAACCUCUCGCUAACCUCCUUCCUCUUCAGCUCCGCCGCCGUCACUUCCUCUCCCGAUUCCGCCGCACUCAUCGACUCUGUUUCCGGCGAGACUCUGUCCUUCGGACAGCUCAGAAUCUACGUCAGCAAGCUGGCACACUCCCUCCGGUACAAGCUCGGCGUGAAAGCAAACGACGUCGUCCUGAUUAUCUCUCCGAAUUCAAUUCAUUUCCCCAUCUGCUUCCUCGCAAUCGUCUCCCUCGGCGCGAUUGCUACAACUUGCAAUCCGGCUUACACCGUCGGCGAAAUCUCCAGCCAGAUCACCGAUUCCAAGCCGAAAUUAAUCAUCACCGCCCCCCAACUGGUGGACAAGCUCGCCGGCUUCAAUCUGCCGUUGAUUCUGCUGAAUAAUGAUUACUCUGUUCUCCCCGAAUUAGAAUCCGGGACGGUCUGGCGGUACUCGGAACUGAUCGAAUCGGCCGAAGCGGAAACAGAGCUGCCGGAAGCAGAGGUGAAGCAGAGCAGCGCGGCGGCGCUGUUCUACUCGUCGGGGACGGGAGGGAAGAGCAAAGGGGUGCUGCUGAGCCACGGCAACUUCAUCGCGACGGCGGCGAUGGUGACGGCGGAUCAGGAGGCUUAUUCUGAGGCGAAGGAGGUCUUACUCUGCUUCCUGCCCAUGUACCACAUUUUCGGGUUCUCCGCGGCGACCUACUCGCAGCUCCGGCGAGGGAACGCGGUGGUGUCGAUGGAGCGGUUCGAGCUGGAGGAGAUGGUGAGGUGCGUGGAGAGGUAUGAAGUGACGCAGCUGGCGGUGGUGCCGCCGGUGAUGAUCGCUCUGGCGAAGCGGUGGGAUGAGAUGGGGGAGAGGUACGAUCUGUCGUCGUUGAGGUUGAUCACCUCCGGCGGGGCGCCGCUGGGGAAGGAUCUGAUGCAGGAAUGUGCCACAAAACUGCCGCACGUCCAUGUUGUUCAGGGAUAUGGCAUGACUGAGACUUGUGGAAUCAUAUCAAUGGAGAAUGAGAGGGAAGAAAUGCGACAUUCUGGCUGUUCUGGGAAACUAGUUCCAGGGGUUGAGUCCAAAAUAAUUGGCAUAGAGACGUCGAAUCCACUGCCACCCAAUCAAACUGGUGAGAUUUGUGUUCGUGGACCAAAUAUGAUGCAAGGAUAUUAUAACAAUCCUGAAGCUACGAGAGAAACAAUAGACAAGGAAGGAUGGCUGCACACAGGAGAUGUUGGUUAUUUCGAUGAACAAGGGCAACUCUUCGUGGUGGAUCGUAUCAAAGAGUUGAUCAAGUGUUAUGGGUUUCAGGUGGCGCCGGCAGAACUUGAAGGGCUGCUGCUCUCCCACUCCGAGAUAGUCGACGCUGUUGUCAUCCCGUACCCGGAUGUAAAGGCCGGCGAGGUUCCUAUUGCAUAUGUCGUCCGUGCGCCCAACAGCUCGCUCAGUGAAGCGAGUGUGCAGACCUUCAUUGCAGCACAGGUCGCGCCGUACAAGAAGCUGAGGAGGGUGACGUUCGUGGACAAGGUUCCGAGGUCUGGUGCUGGGAAGAUUCUCAGAAGACAACUGAUUGAACAAGUGCGAUCACAGACAUGA